AUGGCGGCGGUGAAGCUGGGAGGGAAGCCUCCUGCCGCUGGUGGGGGGCCAGUUCGGGUGGGAUAUUACGAAAUGGAGAGAACGAUUGGCAAGGGAAACUUUGCCGUUGUUAAGCUGGCCUCCCACAUUGUUACUAGAACGAAGGUUGCCAUAAAAAUUAUAGACAAGACACAAUUAGAUGAGGACAAUCUUCGUAAAAUAUUCCGAGAAAUUCAGAUAAUGAAGCUUUUGAAGCACCCACAUAUCAUUAGGUUAUAUCAGGUCAUGGAGACUGAGAGAAUGUUAUAUUUAGUCACAGAGUAUGCAAGUGGAGGGGAAAUAUUUGAUCAUUUAGUAGCUCAUGGGCGUAUGAAUGAAAAAGAAGCACGGAGGAAGUUUAAACAAAUAGUGGCAGCAGUGUCCUAUUGUCACAGCCGCCGCGUUGUUCACAGGGACCUUAAGGCAGAAAACCUGCUCUUAGAUGCUAAUCUCAACAUUAAAAUAGCGGAUUUUGGUUUUAGUAAUUAUUUCACACCCGGUGAGGCCCUCAAGACAUGGUGCGGCAGUCCCCCAUAUGCUGCCCCAGAGCUGUUUGAAGGCAAGGAAUAUGAUGCCCCUAGGGUAGAUGUGUGGAGCCUGGGCGUGGUCCUCUAUGUUCUUGUCUGCGGUGCUCUUCCCUUUGAUGGCAGUACAUUACAGUCGCUCAGAUCUCGUGUCCUCUCUGGAAAGUUCAGAAUUCCAUUUUUCAUGUCAACAGAAUGUGAAGACUUGGUGCGUCACAUGCUGGUGGUAGAGCCAGAAAGGAGGCUGUCAGUGGACCAAAUCCUCAGCCACAAAUGGAUGAAGAUGGAAGGGUCUGACAGUGAGUUUGAGAGGGUUAUCGAGGAGUAUAACCGAGUCGAAGAGUUUGACUCGAUGACAGAUCUCAAUGAACGGGUGCUUCUUCACAUGGAGAAUCUGGGCAUCAGUCGUGAGAGGACAGAACAGUCGGUGAAGGAACAUUGCUAUGAUCAUCACAGUGCCAUCUAUAAUCUUUUACAAGAUAAAUUAAGGCGGCACCAGAAGUCUGGUAACAGUAAAACCCCUCCUAGCUCUAUCAUUCCACCUACAUUACCGGUGCUCACACGGACGGAGCGGCGCUCUAGCAUUACCACAGGUGUAGUUGAACAUGUGGAGGUUCCUGUAGGUGUUCCUGAUGUGACAGUGGGUGUGGCUGAUCUCCAUGUGGGUGUGGCUAAUAUUCCAGUUGGUGUACCUGACAGUCACUCACAACAUUUGCUUAAUCCUGCUCUUGGAAUACCACAUGUACAGUUCUAUAAUGAAAACAGUCAGCCUGAAGAUGGUUAUCAGUCGGAGUCAGAUAACGAGGAGCCCUCACCUGAAGCUUUAGCUCGUUACCUGGCCAUGAGGCGACACACGGUUGGGGUGGGUGACUCGCGGCACGAAGUUCCAGAGGAUGCUCGUGUCAAGCUUGCCCAACAUCAGCCAAUCAUAGCCCUCCCUCAGCCUAACCUCUUCAUGCCUCUGGGGUAUGUGCCCAACACAAACCUGCCUCAGAAUGUGCCCCUAGACCAGGGCGAUACCCCACCUAGUUUAUAUAUCAACGACCCUAACUACUUACUACGGCCUCCGGUACCCAGCGGGGCUCAGGCACACCUGGGAAGGAGAGCAUCAGAUGGGGGAGCCAACAUUCAACUUUUUACUCAACAUUUCCAGCGCCAUGUGUACAGCAUGGGAAAUCAGCUAGUAAGCCAGGAGGAUAUCUCAGGGGGCCCUUUGUCUCCAUCAGGAUUACCUCUUCCUUCCCAACCAUUACAGAGAUCAAUCACAGUGGAGGAGGCUGAGGAUGGAUCAGACCAGGAACCAGACUCCGAGGCUGUGGCCAGGUACUUAUUAAACAGAGGUCAUGGGAAACGUCAUACAUUAGCAUUAGCCAAUCCAAUGAAUGAAAUACCAGAAGAGUUACAAAGAAAGUUGUCACUGCAGCCAAUCAGAUCACGGCGUUCUUUGAUAACUGGGUCAGCAGAUAGAGCUCGGGAUAGUUUUAAAGACUCUCAUUCGUUGCAUUUACCAAGUGAGCGGUAUUCUCCUGUGAGAAGAGCCAGUGAUGGGCUUACCAGCAUCCACAAAUACCAGGCACAUUUAGAGAAGCUUUACAAUCAGACAGUCAGCUUACAGCAGUCGCCCACACGACAGAACAGCCUUAAACAGCUACAACAAGAGUGCCAGGAACUUCAGAAAAAAGUGUGUGGGCGAGAUGCAGAUAAACAGGCAGAGCUUCAACAACAACAUGUGUAUCAUAGAUUCCAACAGUCAUAUCAACCCCUGUCACGGUCUCCGAUUCCCUCCCCACCCCUGCCCUCCUCCCCAGGCUACUCGCCUCAGCCAACGUCUGCCCCACCCCCAGUUAACAGUGAUACACAUUCGGGCAGCCUUCAUCACCACCUGCAGAGGCUACAUCUACAGCAGCUACAGACCUCUACACCUCCCACGUACACCAGCUCCCCCACCCCUGCCUUCAACACACUGCUGAGCCACCCACGGGCAGACUCGCCCACCCAGAGCUUCUCCCAGAUGCUACAGAACCUUUCACAGCAGCACCAGCGCAGCAGCUCCCCGCCCAACUUCCAGAACCUGCACAUGAUUCGUGAGGAUGCUGCGGACAUGUUGGACAGUAGUAUGGAGGAACAGGACGAUGACGGGCCUGUGAGGAAAACGACGACAACGCUGUCCCAGGAUGAGCAGGAACAGAGACAGCGGCAGUUUGCGCGAAACCCGCAGAUCAGUAUCACCGACACACAGGGUCACGUGACAGAUGUGUCAACAUCAGACACGGAGACUGAGCCUGAGAUGUCGGUGGUGCCGCAGUCUGACCCGCCCAAGUCCUCCACCCCCAAUCCGACCACUUCCACUUCGGCAGGGACCCACGUUACAUUCCAGCAUUCCAGUGAUUCUCAGUUUGCCCCCGCAGUGCCUCAGCAGAUCACUCAGCACUACCCACACUUGUACACAUUUCCACAUUAUAUUGGCACAAAUCUUACAAACAUUGGACCCAUUCCACGGAGAAACAACGACGACCCCAUCGUUGAGGGGCCUUUUUAUGGACCGUACCUAAGCAAAGCAGGCCUCUCCCCCCUGGGGAUGUUUGGGAUUCAGCUAAACACGACCGUGUCUAACCGGUUACAUCGUGUUAAUCAGGUCAGCCAGCCCAGACAGCAAAUAUUAAACAAUUCUAAUGAAGCCCUCCAACAAACUCACUCCGUGCGGGCUGUCUCUGCAAGUGACUUCCACAGAAAGCUUCAGAGCGGGAGUUAUGGCCCCACUCAAAAUACUCAGUCUGGUGGCACGACAGAGUUAGAGCUUCAGGAAGCCUUAAAUAAGAUUAAUAAUUAUAUGUGGCCUGGGGCAUAUAGCAUGUCCCCCCAUUCAGUCACACCUUCGUCAUCUCUAGACAUCCAGCCAUUGGCUGACUCUAACAAGAUCCCAUCCUUCAUCAACUUGACCUCCACGCGUAAUGUCCCCGAACUUCUCUCUGAAGUAAAGCGAGCCCUGGAUGGUAAGGGCUCUGAGCUUGUCUACCAGCAUUCCCAGAACUUGUUCCGCCUUGAGAACUCGGCUGUUCAGAUGGAAAUGGAGGUGCGGGAAGGCGGCCCUGUGAACGGGCUUCAGGUCAGGAGAAUAUCGGGGGACUCCCUCCAGUAUGGCAAACUCUGCUCCGAGCUCCUAGCUGGUAUCCAGUUGUGAUGUAAACUGUGUAUAUGAGUACUUUUGCCCCUCACUGUGUGAUUGGUGUACGUGGAAGUCAGUAGGGGGUCAGGAUCGUGUGUUGCCACAUGACAUGUGACGGAUACAACGCUACAUAAUGCCUCUAGGACCGUGAGAUGGAGGCCACCUGAGGCUGCCAUUGAUUAGGUCGUCAAGCUGGGGGUACACUGCAUAUGGUGAUCACGUAUACAUAAUGUACAUGUGGCGUUGGGUAUACCCCUCCAUGGGGCCACUUUGUACCUUGGGCUUUAAUUCAGUAGGCUCUACAUACACUGACUGUGGCAACCACAUAAACGGCUGGCCUGGGAAAGAUAUGUGCCAUUAUUCAUAUGUCUGUGUUCAGAUUUUGUAUAUAAGUGUACAUAAAAGUAUAUCAAUUUCUAAGGAAGUGUACAGCGUAUAUUUUCAAAAGAGGGGACUCACAGCACACUUUAUCAGUGGUGGUAAAUCAUAAGGGUAUGUGAGUAAUUGAGUAGAGAUUCUAUGUGUUAAUGUAUUGCUUUUUAUUUUUUAAUCAUAUUGUUCCGACCCUCAUGCCUAAUUACCACAGAAGUUUUUUUAAUCACAGCUUUUAAUAUCUUACCUCCAUACAUUUGAAUGUAUGGCUCUCUUAGAAUCCUUUUAAGGUCGUAAGAUGUACGUGUAAUUUUGGUUAUACUUCUAGUUGUCCAUCGCCCCAUCCUGAGAGUGCAGUGCUGCUCUGAACCAGGAUGCUUUGUCAGGUGCUUGGCAGUGGUGCCCUCUAUCUCUGAGAUUCAAAGGGAAAUAACACACCACUCACUUAACAAACUACAUUUCCCUAAAACUUGCUCACAGGCAGUGAUUGAGGACUGUCAAGUGCAACAGGAUCUUCUGAAAGCUGGAAUAUAUUUAUAAAACAAUCAAUAAUGUGUGUAAUAUACAUGUAUGCUUGUUUUGUUGAUGAUUGCCGACAGUGAGAUAAACAGCAGUAUCAUUUGUUUAGAGGCUUUGUACCUUGAUGUUUAUUGACCAAAGAAAAUAAUUGUUUGUUUUGUGGUUAUAGCUUUAACUGGUAACCCACUGUUUUUGAAAUGUCUGGAAGUUUUUUUUAUUUUUUAUUUAUUUUUUUUUUUUUGAGAAAACUUGCACUCUAGUACUUGCUUCAUAUUUAAGACUUCUCAGAUGUUGUGGUAAGAAAUACUCCUGUGUGCAGCUUGCUGACAGUGUUUCUGUCGCCAUCAGCUUAUAAAUGUUACCCUCUCCUAUCCCUCAGUACUUCACCUCACUCAUU